ACUCUCGUCAGCGUGUAUGCUCCAACACUCUCUGCUACACCUGAAAUUAAAGACGAGUUUUAUGAUCAGCUCACAGCCACGAUCAGCAACAUCCCAAACAAAGAACAACUUAUCCUUCUGGGCGACUUCAACGCCAGAGUAGGAGCUGAUCAAAGAUCAUGGCCUAGGCAAGAUGAACGACAAGAUGAACGACAAUGGCCAGAGACUGCUCGAGCUAUGCACCUAUCACAAACUCUGCAUAGCCAACUCUUUCUUCAAGACCAAACCUCAGCACAAGGUCUCUUGGAGACACCCGCGCUCAAAGCAGUGGCAUCAGCUGGACCUUAUCCUUGUCAGACGAACCGCUAUUAA